AUGGCAUGGUGCAGGGAGAGCGGAAUGCACGAAGGAGAAAAGCCCGCUUGGGAAAACCGCAUCAACGCCGACAGUCGCCGAAAAAACAAACAAACAAAAACGAAAAGGCAUUCUUUUUUUGUUUUUGUUUUUUAUUGUUCUGGAGAGAAAGGAAAGAAAGGGGGUGAUUGGGAUUGGGGAAGGAAGCGAUGGGAAAGGGUGGCUUUGGCGCGGCGGAAAAAAUGGGGCGACGGAAGAAGAGAAAAAAGCGGAAAAGAGAGCAAAUGUUUGAAGUGGGAGCAAAAAGGAGGUAACGACAUGGCCGUACACGUCUUUGGUGCGUGUGGAUGUCUCCUUGAAGACGGUGUGACUCACCACUCAUGCCAUUUGUACAUUCUUUGGCUCCAUUUCUUCUUUUCGUCCCAUUUCUUUUAUCAUUAUUGUUGUAUUUGGAGUCAUGCGACUUCUGUGAAGUCGUCUUUUGCUGCCACGCUGAACGGAGCAUCGGGUUUGGUUUUGGUUUUUGUUGAAAUGCCCUUUGGCCUUUGUGCCCUCUCAUCCAUGUAUGCUGUUUUUUCCUCCACCUUUUUUUUUUUUUUUGCUUGCCCGCGUUUUUCACUCUUUUUUCUGUUUGUUUGUUGUGGGGGCGACUGGGAAGUGUCACUUCUCGAUAUGGAGGCGGGCGAUAUUCUCCACGACAUAAUGGGCGGUAACGGUCCCCCGCUGCCGCAGCUGCAGGCGCCACACGAGCAGAGGCAUGAAUCACUGCCUCGGCGCAGCAAACUCGUCUUUCUCUACAGCAGCGAUGAGGAGGGCGAUGUAGACAAUUCUGAGAAGACGAGAGGCGUUGGCGUGGCGAAAUUCACGGAGGUAUUGACGCUGAACCUUCUGCCUAAUGAUCUUCGAGAGAUGCGGCUUGAGGCCGAAUUGGCGGCGCAGCAUCAUCCGCAUGCUGCUUUACAGUCACCCGGAGAUACAGAGCAGCAGCCACUUCUGUUCACGGAAGAUACAGCGGGGGAAAAUGUGUCAUUUGCAGUUCAGGGCCGUGUGAAGGUGGUGGAUGCGCUGCCGCUUCGAGAGUGUAUUAGUAGUUUUGGCAACAAGGAGGUGCCAUUGCGACGUCACCUGCAUGCAGAGGAGACCAAACGACUCGCAUACGCCCGAAAGCGAUUUCGCGACGAUGGCGAUAAUGAAGACCGCAGUAGCGUGGAGGAUGCAGGUCAGUGCGGGGCGGCCAGUGGUAAUGUCGUUGUUGCCGAGCCGCGGCCCGUGUUUGAUGGCGACGGGUUGGCGCGCGCGAUUGCUGUCGGUGGCUAUCGACUGACGGUGGAUGAACACGAGCUGCAGGUCUCCGGUGUUGGUGAGGAUGUUGUGACUGGGGAGGUCGACAUUGGCCACGACACCCUCGAAGAUGAUUAUUUUGAUCAAGAAGACGACGACGAGGAGGAGGAGGACGAGGAACUUGAAGAGGCGGUGGUGGUUGCGGUGGUGGAGCAGUUGGUGCGUUGCUGUGAAGUGGGCGAACUUGACGAGUCAUUACGUGAGGCGGGGGAGAGGUUUCUUGUGAAGGCGCGAUCGUGCUUGCAGCGGCUGCAGACUGGAGAAUUGGACCUGGCAGCUUUUGGCGAUGAGGUGCAGGGCGAUAUUUUGCGUCUUUCGCGUGCAUUCCAGCGAUUCCGUCGGCCCAAAGACGCGCCGGUUGUCAUUGACGGUGUUGUAAUGGACAUGUGA